AUGUGUGAUGAUAAACGGGAAAAACGGCACACAGAUCCGCGAAAUCCUUCUUUUUCACGUCCCUGCAGAAACAUGCCUACCAUCAUAAAAAGCACAAGCGGAGGUAGUAAUCAUAGUGCUCGUCUCCGCCGAGCAGACACCACCUCAAAAAUCCAGUAUCGGAAAACAAAAGCUCGUGAACGACGUGUUUUCGUUAAUUUACCUUUACCCAGAGAUCUUUUGGAUCGCUCCGGUGAGCCAAGAGUCAGAUAUGUUUCAAAUAAAAUUAUCACGUCAAAGUAUACCCCGAUUACGUUUAUCCCGAAAAAUUUGUUUGAACAGUUUCGGAGGGUGGCGAAUAUGUUCUUUUUGUUGAUGGCUGUGCUUGGAAUGAUUCCGGUUAUUCAGACGAAUAGUCCUGUUUUGACCUUGUUACCGUUGACCACUGUUACUUUUAUUACCGCGUGUAAGGACGCCUAUGAAGACUAUAAUAGACAUUCGAUUGAUGAUGCGUUUAAUAGCUCGAAAUGUUAUCAUCUUAAAAAUUUUUUGAAUAGAAAUUAUCCUUCCUCUACAAAACGUUCAUUCUGGAAAAGUUUACUUGUUACCAUUAAAAAAUUAUGGUCGUCGUCACAAUCAUCGUCAAAAUUAUCUACAAACAAUCAAGAUAAUGAUGCAUCCGAUGCUGGUGAAAAAAUAAAGAAAACAGCCGAUAAUGAUGAUAAUGAUAGCUCAAUUCUAUUGCCCCCUUCUAAUGAAAUAAAUGGGCCUCCAGAAUUUAAAAAAGUAAUAUGGAAACAUGUGCGAGUUGGCGACUUUUUGUUUCUUCGUAAUGGCGACGCUGUUCCCGCCGACGCAAUCAUACUUUCUACUUCUGAGCCCGAAGGCAAUUGUUAUGUGGAAACUAAAGAUCUUGACGGGGAAACUAAUCUCAAACCACGUCGAUGUGUUGCUGAUACAAAACAUGUUAAAUCAGCAAAUGAUUGCUCUCUGUUGACUUGUUAUAUUGAUUCCGAGCCACCAAAUUCAAAUCUUUUUUCAUAUAAAGGAAAUAUUGUGCUAGCCGAUCCUUUGGAUUCAGGCUUUAAAAUAAAGAAAAGUAUUUCUUUGGAUAUCAAUAAUCUAUUACUUCGGGCGCAUAUAAUACGUAAUACCGAAUGGGUGAUUGCCGUGACGAUUUUUACUGGGGUUGAGACAAAAAUUAUGUUGAAUUCGGGUGAGACUCCAAGUAAACGAAGUCGAAUUGAAAAAGAAAUGAAUCGAGAAGCGAAUAAAACUGAUGGUGUGGCUAUCUCAUUGUUAGAUAAUAAUGAGCAACCAACCGCACUUGCUAGCUUAUUGACUUUUUGUGCAAGUUUAAUCAUCUUUCAGAAUAUAAUACCCAUCUCACUGUAUAUUUCUAUUGAAUUCGUGAAAACAUUUCAAGCUUUUUUCAUAUAUAACGAUCUCGAGAUGUUUGACGAAGACUCACAAGCUUCUUGUUGGAAUCUUUCGGAUGAUCUUGGUCAAAUUGAAUACGUGUUUUCCGACAAGACUGGUACCUUGACACGAAAUAUCAUGGAAUUUCGUCAAUGCUCAAUAGGCGGAAAACUAUACGGAAAAAACGGAUGGGCUGGAAAAACAGAUGCAGAAAAAGGAAAAGAUUUAUUAGUGCAAGGUGAAGUAACCGAUGUUAAUGUGGAUUUUGACAAUAUUUUCGAGGAAUAUAGACAAGAACUGAGGAAAAAUUUUGAGCCAAAAUAUGCAAGCACGAAUCCAGAUUUCUUGACAUUUGCUGAUCCAGAAAUAUUUAAAGAUUUACGAAGUGAUGAAGAUUCAUUUGGGAAACAAGAUGCGGGUCAAAGAUCAAAAUACAUUAAGGAAUUUUUUACGCUAUUAGCUGUUUGUCAUACUGUGGUAGUGGAUCCAGUCACUGAAAAUCUACCAGAUUUCGGUGGUACACAUCCAGAAGAACAAUUUAACAAUGUUAACAAAAGUGAGGAAAAAGUAAAUAGCGCAUCCACGGAUGCACACAAGUCAUCAUUAACCAAGAAACUAAAAAAACGUAUUAGCCAUAGUCGUCUGAGUAACAUGGUCAAAGGUCUAAAUCCAUCGAACGGCAUGCAAAAUUCAUCAAUCAAGCUGAAACCUACUGCAGCAGCUAUAGAUGAUACUGUUUCUCAUCCACUCGAUUACAAGGCUGAAUCACCGGAUGAGGCAGCUUUAGUAUCUGCAGCCAAAAAUCUCGGAUUCGCUUUUCUGUCGCGCACUACCAAUUCAAUUACAGUUGACAUUUUUGGGAACUCUUAUACAUUUGAGAUAUUACAUACCUUGGAAUUUAAUUCCACACGAAAGAGAAUGAGUAUUAUUGCUAGACGACCUAAAGAAUUGGGCGAUGAUAUUGUCUUGUUUUGUAAAGGAGCUGAUAGUGUCAUAAUAGAAAGAUUGGCAGAUGGGCAGGAUGAUUUAGUUGAGAAAACUAAUCAGGAUAUUGAAGAAUUCUCUAAUGAAGGUCUAAGAACAUUAACUUUGGCAUAUCGAGUUUUGGAUUCAUCAUAUUAUGAAUCAUGGGCUGCUAAGUAUCAAGAAGCUUCUAGUUCCCUUGGGAAUCGAGAGGAACAAAUGGAUGCACUUUCCGAAAAUAUUGAGAAUGAACUUACUCUGUUGGGAGCUACUGCUAUCGAGGAUAAACUUCAAGAGGGUGUUCCUGACACAAUAGCAUCACUAAGAGAAGCCGGCAUAAAAGUAUGGGUGUUAACAGGGGAUAAACUAGAAACCGCAAUUAACAUUGGUUUCGCAGCACAACUAUUAACCAAAGAAAUGAAACUUUGGAUAGUUCGAAAUUCCCCACGCGAGGAAGUAAUUCGACAAUUUGACGAGGUCGUGGACUCGUUGAUAGGCGAACACGGAAUCGCGAAUGAACAAAAUGAUGAGGAAUCGAAAAGACACGCGUUUGUCAUUGAUGGUGGUGCGUUAGCUCAUUUAUUGGAUAAUGAAGCCGCACGACAGAGAAUGUUGGAAACUUCUGAGGUGUUUCAUUCGGUGGUUUGUUGUCGUGUGAGUCCUUUGCAAAAGGCAUUAGUGGUCGAAUUGAUAAGAAAAGGCAGGAAAGCUGUUACUUUAUCCAUAGGAGAUGGUGCAAAUGAUGUCAGUAUGAUUCAAGCUGCGAAUGUUGGUGUUGGUAUAUCCGGUCAAGAAGGUGUCCAAGCUGCAAUGGCUGCUGACUAUUCAAUAGCUCAAUUUAGAUUUUUAAAAAGAUUAUUGCUGGUUCAUGGUCAUUGGGAUUACAUACGUAUUUCAGAAAUGAUAUUAAAUUUCUUCUACAAAAAUGUCAUUUGGGUGUUUCCUGUGUUAUGGUAUCAAAUAUACAGUUUAUUCUCGGCAAAUAUAUUCUAUGAUUACAGUUUUGUACAGUUGUAUAAUAUGAUAUUUACGGUCUCACCCGUCCUUGCUCUGGGAGGGACUGAUCAAUCUGUGACAGCAAGUUACCUAAUGAAAUAUCCAGGUGUUUACGAAAUGGGAAUUCGUCAAUUACGCUACAACCGACUUCGUUUUGCCGUAUAUUUUCUCGACGGCAUAUGGCAAUCACUGGUAGUAUUUUUCACAAACUACGCAAUAUACCUCUCAACAAACGUAGUCUCACACGACGGACGUAACGCCGGCCCAACUGAAAUGUCCACCUCCGUAGUACUUAACGUCGUAAUAAUCGCAAACCUAUUCGUCGGGUUCAACACCUACCAUUGGACAUGGUUCAUGUUCGCCUGUAUCAUCGGUGAAAUCAUGAUUCUGUUCGCUUUUGUUUUGAUCUAUGGAAUAUUCGAGAGCAGCCCCAUCUACGGAAUUGGCAACCAAGUGUUUAGCGAGGCGACGUUCUGGUUCGGACUCACUUUCGGGAUAAUUUUUGCUGGAUUGCCACGUUAUGUUGUUUCCUUUGUUAAACAGUGGUUCUUCCCGGAUGAUUUGGAUAUUGUGAGGCAAAUUAAGACGAAAGAGAAGCGGGAACGUAAUGCGAGAAAGGGAAAGGGCUGGAGAAGGAAUACUGGCGGUGGUGGUGGUAAUGAUGAUAAUGAGCGUCCGAUAACUCCCGCUAUUGAAGCUGAAUAA